CUUUCCCCUUCUUUUCUUCCCCCCUUUCGUCCUUAUCAUACUCGCCGGCGGCGAGAUCCCUCAUCGCAGGGGGAAUGAAUAUUCCGGCGGAAACAUCUCCUCUUACCUCCACACGCAAUGCUCGUAUCUCCGAUCAUCCCCGCCACGUCUUCCACGAAAAAGCCCUCUACUAAAAUACCAUCCCUCCCCCCUCUCUCCUCACCGCCCAAGUUCUCAGAUUCCUCCUCGCUGAUUGCAGGGAAGACCCGAGAUUCAGGAUCUGACCGAGUCAUUGAUUGGUCCCCUUUGGACUCAGUGAGUCAAUAGAUUGCUGAAGAAGACGAGUGGACGCGUUUAGAAACCAUAUCAUUCAUUCAAUCAGUCAGUCGGUUAGUCAAAAUCCUUUGAUCCUUUCAUCUCUCUGACAUGCCUCCUAUGAAGAUCCAGCCAAUCGAUGUCGAUUCUCAGAUGCAGCCGGCGACUCCGGCCAUAGCUGAGCCGGCGAAGCCGGUGCUGAAAUCUCGGUUCAAGAGGCUCUUUGACCGCCAGUUGCCGAGCGUGUUGAGGAUUUCGUCGGCUGAUAAGCCGAACAUCGGCGGCGAUGCGCAGUAUGUUACCAGAGAUGCCGGAAUCGGAGCUGGAGGGACCGAGUUCGAGCCGAGCUCUGUGUGUUUGGACAAAAUGGUGCAGAGUUACAUGGAAGAGACGAACGAGAAGACUCUCCGCGCUCGCAAUCGCUGCAAUUGCUUCAACGGCAACAUCAGUGACAGCUCCGACGAUGAAUUCGAUGUGUUCGAUGGCGGCUUUGGUGAGUCGAUCAUUAGCAGUGGACCGAACUAUGACGCCUCCGAUGUUCUCAAGAGUCUAAUUCCGUGCGCGAGCAGAGCCGAGAGAAAUCUCCUCGCCGACGCGGCGGCGAUCGUCAAGAAGAAAUCCUCUUCUUACAAGCACAAAGACGAGUUGAGAAAGAUCGUCGCCGACGAACUAUCGGCCCUCGGCUAUAAUUGCUCCAUCUGCAAAUCUAAAUGGGAGAAAGCCUCUUCCUAUCCCGCCGGUGAAUACGAGUACCUAGAUGUGAUUGCCGACGGCGAGAGACUGUUGAUUGACGUAGAUUUCAGAUCGGAGUUCGAGAUCGCUCGAUCGACCAGUGCUUACAAAGCAGUCCUUCAAUCCCUGCCGCACGUUUUCGUCGGGAAACCAGACCGGCUGGGCCAGAUCGUGUCGAUCGUGGCGGAGGCGGCGAGGCAGAGCUUGAAGAAGAAAGGGAUGCACUUCCCUCCGUGGAGGAGAGCCGAGUACAUCCGCGCCAAGUGGCUCUCUCCGUUCACCAGGCUGACCGACAAAGCUCCGGAAGACUCCAAAGCUGAAGAAGAGCUUCUGAACGGAGGCAAACCACCGUCGGAGGAGGAGGAGAAGGGAACGGAUGAGAGAGAAGAGUGCUGCGGAGAGCUGGAGUUGAUUUUCGGAGAGAAAGCCACAGAGUCGGACACCUCCUCGUCGCCGGCGAAAACUCCCGGCGAGGAGAAGGUGAAGGCGGCGGUGACGUGGCAGCCGCCGGCAGUGAAGCCGAAGAGUGUUGUAAAGAGGAAAACAAAGAUGGUGACCGGAUUAGCCUCUCUUCUGAAAGAGAAACCGUAAAAACAAAAAAAGUUUUGGACUCUAUUUUUUCAUAUUUCCUUUUUUGGCGGAGGACAUAAAAAACGUACAAAAUUGAAAAAUAUAUGAAAAUAUAAAUUGAAAUGUGAAAUAGGUGGAUAAUGGUAGCAAUUAGUUGAUUUAGUAGCCUGCUGCGGUACUGCCGCUUUUCUCACCCACUUUUUCUUUUUAACCUGCUGUUGCUGUAAAAGCAGAGGUAGGGACUAGGGAGCAAUCCAAUCAACCCUGUAAUAACUUGGUAAAAACGAGCAGUAAAUAUUUUGGAAGUUAAAAAUCCUC